AUGGCCUCUCUCAGCGUCCUAGAGUUCGAUCCUGAGCGCCGUCCGAUUAAGUUUGAGACUUGGCUUCAGGACCUACUGCUGUACGUGUUGAGCUAUUCGAAAGACGAUGUCUCACUGUUUGACCUCACCUCUGGGGCCUGUCCUGCCCCUCCCGACACUGCUGAUAGUACGACUCGCUCCAAGUGGCUUACUCGUGACGCUGCCGCUCGCCUAGCCGUCCGCAACCACCUGCCGAUAUCUGAACGCGCUCAUUUUGACCAACCCAAAACUGCCAAAGCCCUGUACGACGCUGUAGUCGCUCGCUACUCUUCCCCUGCCACUGCAGCUCUCGGCCGCCUUAUACUGCCCUACCUGUUUCCCGAGCUGUACUCCUUUGCCACCGUAGCGGACCUCAUUACCCACCUUCGCACUAGUGACACGCGCUACCUCACCCGCCUCCCUGACUCUCUUCGCGCAGUCAGGGACCACUUUCUCGCCCUUAACCCCACCAAGAUCACUAUCGACCUGCUCGAGGAGCACCUCCUUGCAGCUGAGACUAGUGCAGUCGCUGUAGGUGCUACUCGUGGCACUCCUCGCACGCCCUUCUUUGAGGGGUGCUCCCCCUCCCCCCUUGCCCCCUCUGUUGCUUCUGCUGCUGCUGUCGACUUCCUUGGUGCUGAGGAGGUCGGUGCUGCUUCUGCUCCUAGUGGGAAGCGCCGCAGCGGCAAGGGCAAGGGAGGCAAGAGCGGUGGUGGUGGAGGCGGUGGCGGCGGUGGCGGUGGCGGCGGUGGCGGUGGGAGUGGUGGCGGGAGUUGUGGAGUCGGUGGCGGCGGUGCUGGAGGUGGUGGUGGUGGUCGCGGCGGCAGUGAGAGUGGUGGCGGCGGUAGUGGCGGCGGAGGGGGUGGUGGCGGCGGCGGUGGUGGUGGUCGGGCUGGAGCCGGUCAGCGGCAGCAGCAGCAUCGUCAGGACGACGCUUGGCGCGCUGAGUACGGUGAUGAGGCUGAGAUGCCCCGCUGGGCAGAGCUGCUUAAGACUGGUGUUGAUAUCUUUGCUCUUGACUAUGAUGCUAUUCUUGCUGCCAUGUAUGCUAAUGACUCCCGCGUCAGUGGACAGGGCCGCGAGUGGUACUUUCUGCUGUUUCUUAACAACUACUCGCGUUACACCACGGUCUUCCCCUUGCGCAGCAAGGGUGAGGUCCCUGCUGUCCUGAUCCCUUGGAUCCGCGCUGUUCGUCUCCAGCUCCGCGAGCGGUUCCGCACGGACUUUCCUGUCCUGCGUCUGCACUCUGACAGAGGUGGUGAGUUCUCCUCCGACCUCUUACAGGACUUUUGUCAAGGGGAAGGCAUCCUCCAGUCGUUCACGCUUCCGGCCUCCCCGCAGCAGAAUGGGAUUGCUGAGCGCCGCAUUGGCUUAGUCAUGGAGGUCGCUCGUACCUCCAUGAUCCAUGCGGCUGCUCCCCAAUUUCUGUGGCCGUUUGCAACCCGGUACGCUGCACAUCAGCUCAACCUCUGGCCCCGUGACUCCUUGCCGGAGACCUCGCUUAUACUGCGUUGGACGGGGAAGGUUGGCGAUGCGUCGCGGUUCCGGGUCUGGGGUUCUCGUGCCUUUGUUCGCGAUACCACCGCGGAGAAGCUCUGCUCUCGCGCCGUCCCCUGCGUCUUCCAUGAUCCACUUCCCUUAGCUGAGCCUGUAGAGGUCACUGGUGACUCUGGUGUUGCUGGGGGUGAGGGUGCUGCGUCUGGGGGUGCUGAGCCUGAGCGCGUGGAGCCUGGGGGUGGUGGGCCUGCGGGUGCGGAGCCUGGGGGUACGGAGCCUGGGGGUGCUGAGCCUGGGGGUGCAGAGCCUGAGGGUGCUGAGCCUAGGAGUGCUGCAGUGCCUCGCCGCAGCGGUCUGGUCAGCGAGAGCCUCUCUCACCCCAGCACUUGCGCGAGUGGUUUGCCCGGCGCGCACGCCUUCGGAGUCGCGCCGCUGGAGCUGGAGGUACUGGAGCUGGAGGUACUGGAGCUGGAGGCGCUAGAGCUGGAGGCGCUGGAGCUGGAGGCGCUGAAGCUGGAGCCAGUGGAGCUGGAGGCGCUGGCGCUGGAGGCGCUGGAGCUGGAGCCGCUGUACCUGGAGACACUGGAGCUGGAGGCGCUAGCAUUGGAGGCGUUGGAGGCGCUAGAGCUAGAGGUUCUUAGUCUUCCUUUGUCAACUGCCCUUCCUCCUGACUCACCACUGCCUACCCCACCUCGUUACACUGAGCAGCCAGUCUCUCUUACAGAGCGUCGUGAGCCUGCGUCUCGUCCUGCCUCCCCUGUUUGCACUGCUCGCCGUGCUCGUCGUGUCCCGUGUCCGCGUCCUCCUCCUGUGCCAGGCACUCACACUAUGGCACUUCGUCCUUCCUCUGUUCCACAGCGCGUCCCUCUGCCGUAUCCUCCUGUAUCCUCUCUUCCUGACGUUCUAGACCCUGAGUCUGACUUGGUUCGUGUAGCCAGUCCCACUUUCACGCCUCUCCUCGCUACUGUCGUUACCGACUCGUCGUUUGAGUCUACUGCUGCGUCUGCCUUAGUUGCUGAGCUUGUGGACUUUGCUGCUGCGUCUCGUCUAGACAACGCCGCCAGUCUUGUUUCUGAGUCUGAGUCUGUCUGUCCUCCGUCCGUCGAGGGUGAGUGUGCUCUUGGCACGGACGUCCUUGAGGACAGGCACGAGGACUUUGAGUGUCUUGCGGCAGCUGUACCUCACCUCGUGGCCUCUCUGCUUGCACCUGAGGGAGACCCGGAUGCACUAGACAUCCCGACCCCGCGCUCUUACGCAGAGGCGAUAGAGGGUCCCUACUCCUCUUAG